UGUGGGUGGGUGGACAGUCCGGCGGUGACACGGGAAGAUGGAGGUGCCGGAGGAAGAAGCUAUUCGUGAGUUCGUGACAGUCACAGGAGUCGAGGAAGAGCGGGCUCGCUUUUACCUGGAGUCUGCGGACUGGGACCUUCAGCUCGCCCUGGGCAGCUUUUAUGAAGAAGGUGGUGACGAUGAUGUGAUAACUCUUCCACAACCUGAACCCAGUACGGGUUCGAGAACAGUAGCACAAAGUGAUGCCAGAGUAACCUCAUUCAGAGAUUUGUGGCAUGAAGAGAAAGAUGACGAAGAUGAUGAAGGCCAGAGGUUUUAUGCUGGUGGUUCUGAAAGAAGUGGACAGCAAAUUGUUGGUCCUCCAAAAAAGAAGAAUUCGAAUGAAUUAGUAGAAGACCUGUUUAAAGGAGCAAAGGAGCAUGGUGCGGUUGCUGUUGAACGAGCUGGCAAGAGUCCUGGAGAAUCCAGCAAGUCUAAACCAUUUGGCGGUGGUGGAUACCGUUUAGGAGCAACUGAAGGAGAACAAUCUGCAUAUGUUACAGGAGAAAGGAGACCAGAGACAGCACAAGAUGUUCAUGUUAUACUGAAACUCUGGAAAAGUGGUUUUAGUGUUGAUGAUGGAGAGCUGAGAAAUUACACUGAUCCUGCCAAUGCCCAGUUCCUGGAAGCUAUUAGGCGAGGUGAGAUUCCACUGGAACUGCGACGAUUGGCCCGAGGUGGGCAGGUAAACCUGGACAUGGAAGACCACAGAGAUCAAGAGUUUGUAAAAUCAAAGGCUGCAUUUAAGGCAUUUGGUGGAGAAGGACAGAAGUUAGGGAGUGCCACACCUCAGUUAGUCACUACAACUUCUCCAGCACAACAAGCAGAAAAUGAAGCAAAGGCAAGUUCAUCUGUUCAUGUAAAUGAAUUACAACCGACCACUAGUAUCCAGAUACGGCUUGCAGAUGGAGGGCGUCUCGUUCAGAAGUUCAAUCACACGCAUAGCGUUCAGGAUAUUCGACAUUUCAUAAUUGAUGCCCGUCCGGCUUUGGCAUAUACUCCUUUUGUGCUGAUGACCACCUUCCCUAGCAAAGAGCUGACAAAUGAGAAUGAGACCCUGAAAGAUGCCAAUUUGCUGAAUGCUGUAAUAGUACAGAGGCUGAAAUGAAUGCACUUCUCCAUCAAACCUCAUGUUUGUGGAGUAUUUGAACUGUUCGGACUUUGUUAGUUUAACUCACUGGUUGUGAUAAAUUGGAAAAAAUGCUUUUAAAUGAAACUGUUUACCCUUAGGGUUAUUGAAGUAAUAACAUGUAAGCAUUCAGUUACACAGCUUUAAGCGUGACUUUGUGAUAUAAACCUUAAUUGUGUAUUUUGAUUUGUAACAUUUUUUUCAAUUUUUAAGUGAAAACAUUAUACAUUAAAAGUUCAAAUCCACAAAUAUAAGUUGAUGCGAUCCUACUAACAUCUACUUUCCUGUGACUGCUGUUGUAUUGGAGAUAGGGUUGCAACUUGACUAAAAAUUGCAUUCUAACAUUUUUUUCAAAUUUAAAACAUUAUAUGUUGUGAAAUGGGUCAUGUAUCCAGCAUUGUUCAUUUUGUACAUUAUUGCAUCAAAUGAAUAAUCUGAGCAGAA